GACCAACAACCGAUGAUGCAGUGGAGAAACUACCCUCCUCUCCCUUUUCCGCUGGGUGUCACCUCGUGGUGAUAGGAGUCAGGAACCAAGCUCUUUCUCUGUCCGUUCGCGCGUGGGAGAAUGGUGCCGCAUAAAGAUAAAACUAAAUGGCGGCUCUCGCUUCCGUUCCACCUCCCGGUUGUUCCUCCUCUUUCUCUCCGUUCUCGUCCAAAUCCCGUUUAGACGCUUCAUCGCUUCCAUCUCCCCUUCCCUCUGGCGACGAGGACGAGACUAUCCUUCAUAGUUUCGUGGCGAAUCGCUGGACCCUCAAAUCCCUGGCCGUUGCUCUUAUCUCUAUCUUCCUCCUCCUCUUAUUCUUCCAGCCGAAUAAGGCAAGAGCGGUCGCGAAGCUCUCCGUUGCGAUCGAUGGCGAUCCCACCGGAGCAGAGCAGUUCCUGGAGAACAAUUCCAUCUUGGCUUUCAUGAGAUUCACUAGGGGCCAUGGGGACGAUGGCCGUCGUCCGAAAGAAGUUUCCGUGGUCGUUGCUCGAUCUUUUUCUCCGCAGGUGGACUUGGUGUCGACAAUUUUUACAUUGCAGACAAACAGGAAGUUGGCUUGGCUUAGAUUUAUUUUUAUUUUUUAAAGAUCAUAGAAGUUUUUGCAAAGUGAUUUUGGUUGGAAUGAAUCUUUGUCUGUAUAGAUUUUAAUGCCUGGUUGUUGUUGGUGAGAGGAAUAUACUUAAUUUUCUUUUCUCAGUUAUAGAAAAAUCUUUCUACAA